GAAAAUGCUCUCCCCUCAAAUGAUUUAUUUUUUAUUUUGGAUUUAUUACAUAUGCUGUACUUUACACAGCAAUAUCCCCCAGACUUCUCCAUCUGCUUCCUUUGAAAGUGCCAUUUCCUUUACAAAGUCCAGUCAAGUCGCAUCAAGCUAUUACCCUAAUCCCUUUAGGGCUUGUUCACUUAAUUCAGCUACACAGAUGAAGACCGUUAAGACGCAGAGAAACAAACACACCUAAUGAAAGCCUCGGGAGUUUGACACAAGAUAAUCUCUUAUUUUUUAAUGAAGUAUUGGAUUUUUGCUCAGGACAUCGAAGGUUUCUCGGGGACACGGGGAAGCGUGUGCCUAUGCUUUCUUUGUGUCCUCACAAGCUGAUUUAUUUCCAUUUCUACUAUUUGCAUUGACUAACUCAAGCACCGAUGGGGUACACCAGGCGGAUACAUUCCUUUGGGUGAUAUGUUGUGGAAAUCAAUCUUUUGGGAUUUCCUUGAUUAAAGAGAAACCCACCAGGAGAAGCCAUGGGGUGUGGUGUCACAAAAACCAGCGAAUUCAAUAGACGAUAUGAUAAAGAUGGAAAUGCCAUCCCAGCGGCCAUAACAAUAAAAGCAGCGGUGCUGAUCCAGCGCUGGUACCGACAGUAUGCGGCUCGCAUGGAAAUGAGACGCAGAUACACCUGGAACAUCUUCCAGUCCAUGGAGUACGCAGACCUACAAGACCAGAUCAAAUUAUACAAUUUUCUUGGUUACCUGAUGGAUAACUUCACUCGAUCAAGCAGUGAACGAAAACUGAUCUCACAUAUCUUCAGAGAAAACGAGGUUUGCAGAGAUGCAGAGUGGGAGAGAUACUUCAGCUACACCAAUAUUGAUGUCCCAGACAUUUACUGUGGCCCACGACUAACCUUUCCUUUAGAUAUGGAUCAGGUUGCUGAUCUUGUAGAGGCCUUUAAAAACAAACAACAGCUUCACUCUCGUUACGUUCUUCAGCUUCUUCUGGAAACAUGGAAGUUGCUCAGAGUGUUGCCAAAUAUCAACCGAGUCUCUACAUGCCAUAGCAAAGAAAUAACCAUUUGUGGUGAUUUACAUGGGCAAUUAGAAGACUUGCUACUAAUAUUUUACAAGAAUGGAAUGCCAUCACUGGAGAAACCCUAUGUUUUCAAUGGAGACUUUGUGGACCGAGGCAAAGACUCCAUGGAGAUUCUGCUCAUAUUGUUUGCUUUCCUGCUUGUGUAUCCUGGAAAUGUUUAUCUUAAUCGAGGAAACCAUGAAGAUCACAUCAUUAAUCUGAGGUAUGGCUUCACCAAAGAAGUACUGAGCAAAUACAAGCUGCACGGGAAGCGUAUUCUCAAGUUGCUCCAGAAGAUCUUCAGCUGGUUGCCUUUAGUGACAGUAAUCGACCAGCGGGUGCUGAUAGUCCAUGGAGGAGUCUCAGACACCACUGAUCUCGCUCUGAUAGCGCGAGUGGACAGACACAGAUAUGUGUCUGCUCUGAGGCCUCCUAAGAAGAAGACUCCAUCACGUAUUAAUGUAUAUGCGAAUUCAGAGCUUUAUCAUGAGAUGAUCAACUGUAAGAAUACAACGGGCUCGCUGACCUUUCCCAAACCGUUUGGUGCUCGGGAGAGUUUUCAGAGACGCUCCCUUCAGGACUUCUCAAGCACCAUGGCUCGGGCGCUUGAAGGGGAGUUCGAGGUUCGCCGUAGACAAGCAGAGUUUAGCCUGUCCAGCUUCAGCAAGUCUCACAACAUUCUGAGCACUACUCUGUCGCCUGACUCUGAACCAGACUCAUCACAGUUCACCGACACCAGCAAUGAUGAGUGGAAACAGAUUUUGGACCUGCUGUGGAGUGACCCCAUGUCUCAGGACGGUUGCAUUCCCAAUGAGGUCCGUGGCGGAGGCUGUUAUUGGGGUCCUGAUGUCACAGAGGACUUUCUGAACAGGCACAAUCUCCAGCUCAUCAUACGCUCACACGAGUGCAAACAGGACGGAUACGAGUUUUGCCACAAUCGUAAGGUCCUGACGCUUUUUUCAGCCUCUAACUAUUAUGAGGUUGGCAGUAACAGAGGAGCUUUCAUCAGGCUGGGUCCAGAUCUCGUGCCCUACUUUGUUCAGUAUCGGGCCACCAGUAUGACCCGAGGACUGAGCUUUCCACAAAAUGUUAAACGCACAGAGCAUACAGCUCUCAAAGCUCUACGAGAGCUACUGUUUGUGCACAAGUCAGAUCUCCUCAGUGCCUUUCAAGAGAUUGAUAAGGAGAACACAGGACUGAUCUGUUUGAAUGACUGGGGGGGUGCAAUCGAGCGAGUUCUUCACCUGGAUCUGCCUUGGCAAGUGCUUCAUCCUCAGAUAGUGUCCAGCACCAAAGAUGGAAAGCUGAACUAUCAAGGCUGGUUCCAUGAUCUUGCCUUAAAAAAGCCCAGAUCCGAGCACAUUGAGCAGACUAUGCUGGAGACACUUUAUAGACAUCGCUCCACACUGGAGACCAUUUUCAGAAUAGUGGACACCGAUAAUUCAGGUUUCAUCACUUUUGAGGAUUUCCGACAGACGUUGAAACUGCUCAGUGCCUAUCUGAAAAUGGAGAUCUCUGAUGAGGUCAUCAACGAGCUGGUUAUCAGCACCGACACAAAUAAUGACGGUAGCAUUGACAUUGAUGAGUUUAUGGAGGCUUUCCGGCUGGUGGACAAAAGCAGACUCGAGAGAGGUAAAAGUCUACUAAAGCUCAAGCAGGACUGUCAGAGCCUUCCUCUGGAGACAGAAACCCCACAGACAGCCGAUUCUACAGCUCCACAGAUGUCACAAUGUCUAACCUCGCAGACUGCUGAUUCGCCAGCUUCAAAUACUGCAGAUAAUGCAUGCUCUCAGACUGCAAAUCUUGCUGCUUCACACACUGAAGACAAUCCUGCUUCACAGACUGAAGAUCUCUGCCACAUUUCUGUUGUUGUUAAACCACAAUAACAGUUGACUGUUGUAAAAUUACACUGUUAUAAGCUAUAGCCUUCCCUUGGUAUUUAACCCUGCCCCCAGAUUAACCUUUUUAGUCUUUAAUCUUCCCCUCUUAACCAAAUAUACUUCAUGGUUCAGGUUUAGAAUACACCUGGAUGUUUAGUGCUCAACAGUAAAUGUUCUCCAUGCUUCGUUACUGUACUGCAUUGUAUUGCAAGCUGCUGAUAUUUCAAGGAUUUAUGCAUUUGUUUUUAUCUCCCUAAAAACAAGUUUAAGAUAAAGAGGCUUCUAGUAUUUGCCUUCAUUGCAAAUUUAUUAACAUAUUCUGUAUCAAAACCAUCAGUAUCUUGAUAAUACUCCAUGACAUAACUAUAGACUAAAUGUUGGACGUAAUGUAUCUGAUGUCUGUGUAGAUGUGCAAGUAAAUGGGUAGACAGUUUGAAAACUUUUUUUCUGCUACUUGUGUUUUAAGAGCAAUUUUUUAAUAAGAGGCAUGUUGACGUCGAGCUCUAUGAUCUGUUGCUGUAAGCAAAUAAAAGGCAUUGUCCUAGAACAC